AUGUUGCUGUUUCGCUCUUUGGCCACACGCGUGGUGAUACUGAUAUUUUGCACCGCUGUGGCAAGCCUCGAGCAGCAAAAAGUCGAUGUCUUUGGCGGUUUCUUCGCCCGGGUCACUGCCGAUGUUGGCGGCUUCCUCGACAAGGCCGUCUUGCCUGAGAUCAACAAAGGCGUCUACUUCUUGAAGACCAAAGCCGCGCCCGAGAUGGCCAAAGCUGUGUCGGACGGCGCCGACUUCAUCCAGGACAAGGUCAACCCCGAGAUCGACAAGGCCUUUGCCUUUGUCGACAAGCAGAUCUUACCUCAGGUGGGCAAGGUCGCGUCUGAAGGCCUGGCUGCUGUCCAUGGCGCGCUGCCGCCCGGCGUGCAAAAGGCGCUUGCCGACGCGGCAACCUUUGUCGAGGAUGGGGUCGUGCCGGAGCUGGAGAAGGCCGCCUCCGCCGGCAUCGGCUUUGUCGAGCAAUACGUCGCCCCCGAGAUCGAAAAGGCCGUCAAGUUUGCAGAGGAGAACAUGGCGCCCGUGGUCGGAAAGACGAUCGCGGACGCCGCCGACCUCGUAUACGACAACCUCCCUCUCGAGGUCCAGGCGGCGCUGACAGACGUCGCGGCCUUCUUGGAGGCCAACGUCGCCCCGGAGCUCGAAAAGGUGAUCCAGUGGGCCAUAGACAACCCGACCGCCGCCGGCAGCAUCGGCUUUGCGGCCUCCUCGGUCAUGUUCCCCGGCUGGCUCACGGGCCUGGCGCUCACUGCCUCAGGCUUCCGCCCCCACGUCGGCAAAGGGUCCCUUGCGGCCAACUGGCAGUCGUCCUUCCCCUAUGUGCCUGCCGGCAGCCGUUUCGCGGAAUAUCAGAGCGCAGGGGCGGGAGGGUAUGGCGAGCGUAUCGUCCAGCGGAAGGCGCGGGGUCUCGGUGCUGCCAUCCUUGCCACCCAAAUACUGCACCAUCGCCAUCAUCUUGUUGGCUUGGCUCGGUCUUUUGUUGAUUCCAUUCUCUACUGCCAUCUUGGAGAGUACCCUGCGCUUCGGGACGUCUGUGUCCCCUGUAAUUCCCCACUACUCUUGUUUCCUCUGGCGGAUGUAUUUUGCAGCGCGACCAUUUACCCCGCCCAAGAUGGUGGCUUUAUCAAUCAAGUAGGCGGUAGGAAAGGGUCAGGAUCACACCGCGUCCCUGCCAAGCCUCCUCUGCCGAAGCUCCCCUGCCAAGCCUCCCAGUCCCUUGGUUCGACAUCCAUCCUUCCGCUUCGGACCAAAACCGUCAACAUGCGCUUCACCACCAGCUUCCUCACCGGCGCCGUCGUCGCCCUCUACGCCACCCAGGUCGCCGCCGCCCCCGUAUCCAGGGGCCCGCUGGCAGCUCGCUCGCCCCUGCCCCCGACAAUGGACCUGGCCUCCGCCACCCGCAACAGGCUCCCAGUCUCACAAAUGGGCGAGGACUGCAAGGCUGAGGCCGUCGAAGGCUGCGGCGGCGACGCCUCAAAGGCCAACGACAAGAACUACUUCAAGUGCAUGUCCAUCAAGCGCGAGGCUGAAGCCGCUCCCGCCGAGGAGGCUGCGGAUGAGGCAUCCGAGGAGACGUCCGAGGCUGCCGAGGACGAGGAGGCCGACCAGGAGGAUGCCGAGUACAAGACCGAGGCGACCGAGAGCUGUGGCGAUGCCUCCAAGGCCAGCGACCAGGACUACUUCAAGUGCAUGUCGGUCAAGCGCAGCGCCGCCCGGGACGAGGCGCCUGUCGUCCCCGAGACGCGCAACAGGCUGCCCGUCUCCCAGAUGGGUGACGACUACUAG